AUGGUAGAGGCAAGGACAUUGGCCAACCUCACAACAGUGAUGGGAUUCUUCCUGGUGGAAUUCUCUGACACCAGAGAGCUCCAAUUUCUACAUGCCUUUCUUUUUUUACUGAUUUACUUGGCAACACUGUUGGGAAACAUUCUCAUUAUUGUACUUGUGACCAUGGACCAGUGUCUUCACACCCCGAUGUACUUCUUCCUGAAGAAUUUGUCCUUCUUUGACCUCUGCCUUAUUUCCACCAUUGUUCCAAAAUCCAUUCUCAACUCUCUGUCCAACAACACCUCUAUUUCUUUCCCCGGAUGUGUACUGCAGGUCUUACUGGUGAUACACUUUGCAGGGUCUGAGGUGUCCAUCCUCACCGCCAUGUCCUAUGACCGCUAUGUGGCCAUCUGCCACCCCCUACACUAUGAGGUCGUCAUGAACAAGAUGGCAUGUGGGAAGUUGGCAGCUGCCUCCUGGGUCCUUGGAGGAUUCUUUGGAGGUCUAUAUGCGACUGGCACUUUCUCUUUAUCUUUCUGUGGUUCCAGAAGAGUCCCACAGUUUUUCUGUGAGGUUCCCUCAUUAUUAAAGAUUUCUUGCUCUAAAGAUCAUAUCACUAUUAAUGUCAGUGUGGCCAUUGGGAUAUUUUAUGGGUUUUUUUGCUUACUUGCCAUUGUUUUCUCAUACAUCUAUAUUUUCAAUACAGUGCUAAGGAUCCCAUCUGUACAAGGCAGGUCACAAGCUUUCUCCACCUGCCUUCCCCAUCUCAUGGUUGUGUCAACCUUUCUCCUGACAGGAGCCAUUGCCUAUUUGAAACCAGUGCCUGAGACCCCAUCUCUCCUGGACUUGCUGCUCUCAGUGUUGUACGCAGUGCUGCCUCCCUCUCUGAACCCCAUUAUCUACAGCCUUAGGAACAGGGAAAUCAAGGCAGUCCUGAGAAAGCUCCUGUGGAAAACAGGUGGCAGUGUGAAAUAG